CUUUUAAUUUAUUUAAAAUUCAAAAUUAAUCUCAACAAAUUUUUGGCAUAUUUAUUUUCGAAAAAACAAUUCAAUAACAAAACCAUAUAAAUGUGUAAAUAUUGCCUUAAGAACGAAUAUAAUAGUUGUUCAUACAAGUGGCGAAAAAUACCAUUGGCAUCGUGGAAUUUGCCUUUAGGGGAACAUGAAAACAUAUGCUAUAAUAUUCAACAAAAUAGCAGAAAAGAGGAUAAAAACAUAACAACAAAUAAGAAAAAUUCUAGAAUUGAAAGAUGUAGAAUUGAUGAUCUAUUUGAAAAGGCAAGAGAUGGUUAUUUAGGAGAAUAUUUAACAACAAAACUUAUUACUAAAGGAACUUUGGACUCAAGACAACUACAGAAAGCAACUAUAAUGGAACCUUUUAAUACCACUAAAAUUCCUCAUAAGAAAACAAAUAAAAAUCGCCGUAAAAAUUUGAAAAAUUUCAGAACAGUUUUUAAAGAUUUUUCAAUCUUUUAUAAUAAUAUUGUAGGCGUAUCUAACGAAGAAAAAAUGUUGGACCUCAAUAAGCCAAAUCUUAAACAACCAAUUAAAACAGUGCCACUAACUUCAGAACAUCAAGAAGAUAUAUCUAAUAGCAAUAUAACAUUGGAAACUUUGUCUUCUUUGCAUUCGGAUACAGUAAGCAUGGAGAUACCAAGAAGAGUUCAAUCGCAAUAUACCGUUCAUUAUCAUCAACCCUUCGAUCCUAAUAAACCGGAAACAUUCAACGACAAUGAUCGCUAUUUAAAACUUAAGGAAUUUAAUUUAACCCCAAAGCGAACUAAUAGACACGAAACUAAAACGAGAGUAAAAUCUAACGUUUUAAAAAAACGUAAAUCUGGAAAAUGUUGGAGUAAUACUGCAAGAAAAUCGAGAAGAUCUCGAAAUAUUUCGGUAGCUAAGAAGUGAAUUUUCACGAAUAAAUGAAAAGCCAUUGAAAACGAAAAACUGAAUUAGUUUUUUUUGCAAAUGAUUUGAUGCUAUCCCAUUGUGCAAGGUAAACGCAUGCCAAAACUACUAUAACUAUGAGAAGGCGAUUGCGCCUUAAAUUUUUUAAAUUAAUUGAAGUAAUAAUCUGUGAACCACAUAGAGCAGUACCUCCUGUUGUACUCAUUUCCCAAUCUUAAUUUGUUAAAAUUAUAUAUUUUUUUUAAUCACCAAAAAUACAAUCCUUUAUUAUGGAUUCUAUUCAAGCUUAAAUAAAUCUGAUAAUUAUGUCAAAUGCAUACAUUCU